AUGUACCCGGUGGUGACGGGCACGCCGCCGGCGCGGCUGCCGGCGGCGUCGCGGGUGGACAAGUCCACGAGCCACCUGCUGCAGGGGCCCGACUGGGCCGUCAACCUCGAAAUCUACGACACCCUCAACGCCGACCGCUGGUUAUUAAUAGAAGCCUACAAAAUCCGAACUGAUGUGGUAAAAGCUGUGAAGAAGCGAUUGCAGCAUAAGGACCCAAAAGUUCAAUUCUUUACUUUGACGUUAUUGGAGACAAUGAUGAAGAACUGUGGUGAAUAUGUUCAUUUUGAAGUUGUUGAUCAGCAUGUUUUACAAGAGAUGGUUAAAAUUGUCCAGAAGAGGCAUGAUAUGCAAGUGAGAGGGAUAAAGGCAUUGUUACUUCUGGAUUCAUGGCAAGGGGCAUUUGGUGGACCUGGUGGCAAAUAUCCACAGUACUACUGGUCAUACAUUGAACUAAAGAGGGCAGGAGUAAUGUUCCCACGACGUCCUGUAGAUGCUCCUCCAAUAUUUACUCCUCCUGCAACACAUCAGGUGUAUGGUUCACCUAGAUAUCCUUCUGGAAGUCUAAAUGAGAGAAUCACAUCUGAUGCUGAAACAUUGAGCUUUGAGGGCUUGAAUAAUAUUAGAAAUGCAACAGAACUGCUGUGUGAUAUGGUGAAUGCUUUGAACCCUGCUGAUCGCAUGGCAGUUAAAGAUGAAAUUAUUACAGAUCUUAGUGUACUCACAAAACAUGAUGCCAUUGCUUCUGGUUCUCCACUACCAGUUGAAACACCGAGUAGAGAACUACACAGAGAGGAUCCAAAUCCUGAGCCAUCUACACCAAUUACACAUGAUAAUAAGGCUCAAGUUGAAGAGGAUGAAGAUGAUGAGUUUGCUCAGAUAGCACGAAGAAAAAACAAAUCUGUGAUAUCCAGUGAUGAGGCAUCAUCUGGUGAUCAGGCCCUGGUACCCGUUGAUCCAGCACUUUCUGAAGUUUCUUCAGUUGCGAGCAAUGCAAUAGUACCUCUCGACGCAACUUCUGGUAGUGGAACCAGGACGAAGGAGCAGGAUAUGAUUGAUCUUCUCAGCCUCACCUUGUACAGUCCUCCUGAAUCAUCUGCAGAUUCUUCAACUCAGAACCAAAAUGGGAGUCAGCCGAGUGUCACAUCAAAUGGACCAGAAACACUGCCGAGCUAUCAGCCUGCUGUGGCAAAUGGGGCAAAUUACCCUGCCAACAACUCGGCUUAUCCAACAAACCAGGGAUAUGUUCCUUACAAUAACUAUGUUGCACCAUGGGCCCAAACGGGACCGGUUGCACAGCCUGGCAUAUCCGACUCAACCCCAGCAAUAUGUGACUCAACCCCAGCAAUAUGUGUCUAG